CAAUAAUUUAGUCCCCAAUUAUUAUAUUGUUUUCCACAAAUGGCCCUUUGUUAACAUUUUCGUUAAAAACAUAGAAAAAUUUGUAAAUUCACGCUUCUCUCUCCUCAAUUAAGCUUUCUCUCUCCUCUGGGACAAGAUGAGAUUCCGGUGGAGUUUUGGAAGCAUGCGGGUCGUGGUGCGUGGGUUUGGUUAACCAAACUCUUCAAUGUUAUCUUCCGGACAGCAAGGAUGCCUAAUGAGUGGAGGGAGAAUCUCUUGGUCCCUCUGUUUAAAGGCAAAGGUGACAUUCAGAGCUGCGAGAAUUACAGAGGCAUCAAACUGCUUAGCCACACCAUGAAGGUUUGGGAGCAAGUCAUUGAGUAUAGGGUGCGGAAAGGGGUUAGCAUCUCUGAGAACCAGUUUGGUUUCAUGCCUGGCAGAUCGACUACAGAGGUCAUUCACCUCGUGAGGAGAUUUAUGGAAGAGUAUAGGGCUAGGAAGAAAGACCUUCAUAUGGUGUUUAUUGAUCUUGAGAAGGCGUACGAUAGGGUGCCAAGGGAGGUCUUAUGGCGGUGCCUUGAGACGAGAGGAGUUCCCAUCGUGUACACUCGUGCGAUCAAGGAUAUGUUUGAUGGGGCUAUGACUAGGGUGUCCAAGAAGGGGUCCUAUGGUGCAUGCUUUUUCACGGAUGGUAUUGUGCUUAUCGACGACACACGUGAGGGACUAAACGAUAAGUUGAAACUAUGGCACCUUGCCCUUGAGACUAAACGAUUCAGAAUAAGUAGGAACAAGACUGAAUACAUGGAAUGUCGUUUCAGCGGCCAGGAAACAAAAUCAGAAUUGGAUGUUAGGAUUGACUCUCACCUAGUACCUAAGGUAGACAUGUUUCGAUAUCUUGGCUCGGUAAUCCAGGCUGAUGGGGAGUUAGACGAGGAUGUUGGACAUCGUGUUGGAGUGGCUUGGGCCAAAUGGCGGUUGGCUUCAGGGGUGUUGUGUGAUCCGAAUAUUUCGCCCAGGAUGAGAGGUAAGUUCUACCGAUCCGUAGUCAGACCUGCUAUGUUAUAUGGGGCAGAGUGUUGGGCGGUUAAGAAGACUCAUGUGCGUCGUAUGCAUGCGGCGGAGAUGCGGAUGUUACGAUGGAUGAGUGGGAAGACAAGGUGGGAUAGGAUUUCGAACGAAGUUAUCCGACGUCAGGUAGGCAUGGCGCCGGUGGAAGAUAGGUUGCGGGAAGCAAGGUUGAGAUGGUUUGGUCAUGUGAGACGGCGGGAUGUUGACGCCCCUGUACGGAGAUGCAAGAGGAUUACAGUUAUCGGGGGAAGUAGGGGAAGAGGUAGACCUAGGAAGAAUUAUAAGGAGGUGAUUAGGCAGGAUUUAGGACUUCUCACCCUGACUGAGGAUAUGGCUUUAGAUAGGAACCUUUGGAGAACUAGGAUUAGAGUAUCUGGAUAGGAGCUCGGUGCUGCAGAGGUUGAGCCGGGGGUCUCUUGGAAACAGCCUCUCUACUUCCGAGUAAGGGCGAGGUCUGCGUAUACACACCCUCCCCAGACCCUACUGUAGUGGGACUCAACUAGGUUGUUGUUGUUCUCUCCUCUUGCACUCCUUUCCCAAACCUGUCGCUGAGUUUGAAGCUUUGAACCCAAAACCGAAAUCAUCCUCCUCUCAAUUGUUCGUCUUCCUGGUGUAGUCCAAAAUCAAAAUGAGUAACCUUCAUGGAUGAGUUUUAAGGUUUGUUUUCUUUGUAAUAUCUUGAGACAACCCAUAAAAUUCAUCCAUAAAGGUUAUUGGUUUCG